CACUUCUCAAGCCCCGAUCAAAACAUAUUUCAGACAUGACGCAGAUUCGCCGCCAUAUCCUCGUCGUCGGCUCUGUAGGAGCAGAUAUCGUGGUAGCAGUUGACCGUAUGCCAACUCGUGGCGAGACUCUGUCUGCCAGCAAGCCCGAUACGGGCAAUGUUUACCCAGGAGGCAAAGGCAACAACCAAGCUGCUACUAUUGCCAAGCUUAUUGGGCCAAGUCACCCGACCCUGGUAGCUAAAAUGGCUUGUCAAUUUGGCAAUGACAACCACGGCAAAAUGAUCAAGGAUACGCUGGAAUCCGUCGGAGUGGACACGACACUGUGUACGCAAGCAAAAUGCUCCUCAGGUCUUGCGUUUGUGUUCGUCUAUCCUGAUGGAGACAACUCAAUCGUGAUCGUAAGUGGGGCAAACUCGGCUUGGCCAGAGGAGCUCCCAGCCUCAUUGAUCGAUGCCGUCAAGACUGCAGCCAUUGUGCUAGUCCAAUGUGAAAUUCCUGUUCGAGUUAAUGCACUCGUUGCGAAAGCUGCUGCUGAAACCAGUGUACCUGUAAUGUGGGACACCGGAGGUGACGACUACCCCAUUCCGGCCGAUAUUCUUCCACUGCUUACGUUCGUGUGCCCGAACGAAACGGAACUUGCUCGCCUGACGAAGCGUGAGGUGGAUAGUAUUGACGACGCAGUUGCAGCCGCCCGAUUCCUACAGGAACAAGGCGCAAAGGACGUGUUGGUGACGCUCGGAUCGCUCGGAUCCGUGUUUGUCCCUGCUGACGGCUCGGAGGUGCUACGUCAAAGUGCAUUUAAAGUUGACAAUGUGGUGGAUACAACUGGAGCGGGUGACUGCUAUCGUGGUGCUUUUGCGGUUGCACUCGCUGAAGGGCGUGCCAUGCAGGAUUGCAUGGUUCGAGCUUCUGUUGCUAGUGCCUUGUGUGUGCAACGAGAUGGUGCGCUGCCUAGCUUGCCAUCGGCUGAUGAGGUAAUAGCAUUUCUUAAAGCAAAUGGUUUGCAGCUGACUCGCGUAUCGUCAGCAUGCUGA